AUGCUGUCCCAACGGAUUCUGGCACGCCGCCUGCCCCAGGUCGUUGCCCGUAGCACCAUUGCUCCCCGCGCAUCCUUCUCUCAGAUCCCGGCUCUUCGUGCUGCCGAUGUCGAGGAUCCCUUCCAGAAUGGCAACUACCAAAACCCUCCCCGCGUAAAGCGCCAGUUCAGAGAUCCUUAUGGCGGGUGGUGGGAUAAGCAAGAGAAGCGCAACUUUGGCGAACCCGUUCACGAGGACAACGAGAUUCUUGGUGUCUUCAGUCCCGAGCAGUACUCCCACGUCAGCUCCCGCAAGGCCUUCCGUCACCUCGGAGUGUUCGUGGCCACUUUCCUGACCCUGUGCGGUGUUGUCAGCCUCUACUACCCCGACAAGCCCAGUGCUCCUAAGGUCUAUGUUGAUGGCCUGGAGAAGGAGCUGGGUGGCCCCAAUGCUGUUCCGGCCCGCAAGUCCGGUGAGGACAAAUGGUAA